UGGGAUGAAAUGGAAGAAGAAAUUAAUACAUAUUUAGAGCAAGCCAGACUAAGCAAAGCUCUUUUACUGCAACUAACCCAAGAAUUUGGGCAAGAAUUGACAAAACCAGCUCAAGGACUCAAAUUCGAAGAAGAAUAUGAAAUUAUAGAUGCCGGAAACUGUGCAACUUACUCCAAUCAAAGUUGGUAUAAAUCUAACUAUACUGACCUAUUUCUGGAAUUUUUAGAUAUAGACCUUGACUCUGAAGAAUAG